ACCACACAGGGAUGACUCGGCUCUGUUUCUGCUGAGCUCUGAUCCUUCCUCCAGAAAAACAAUCCUGCAAACAGAAACUGUUUGGUUGUUCUGUAACACUGUUUUAACUUCCAUGUGUCUGAUAUAUUACUGUGGUCACCACAGUGUGUUUCAGGGAGAGUGUGGGGGCUGUGUUUGGGAUCAUCAGAUCCUGUUUGUGGCUCCAACAAGGUUUCUGUCAGUCCUGAAUUGUUGUGUCAAGUACCUGAGAGGAAGGAUAACUAAUGUGUGUCCUGUGGUGUAAAGCUUGUUGUAAUGAUGAACAUGUUGUUGUGUUUGUGUGAAGGUGGAGGCUCUGCUAUGAAUCAGUGUGAGGACGGAGAGGAGGGAGCCCCUCCCUCUAAAAGCACUCUGUGUGGGGAACAUGAAGCUCAGAGGCCAGAACAGCAGCACAGACCAGACUCUCCUGGACCUGUACCUGGACCCAGCUGUGUGUCCUUUAGGAGUGAUUGGUCUAAGGAUCUACCAAAUGAAUUCAAAGAUGGCCGUCAGUCUGAUGGUCCAAAAGUCCAACAUGAGAGACCAGACUCUCCUGGACCUGGACCCAGUUGUGUGUCCUUAAAGAGUGACCGGUCUAUGAGUCGAUUUAUUAAUUUCAAGUCAGUAGAGCUGAGUGCUGAUGAAAGAGUUCAGAGAUCAGAGGCUCCCAUUGGUCAGUCUGCCCAGCAGCAUCAAACCCAGCUGGACUCCAUAUUGAUGCUGCUCCAGGAGAACAUCAUCAGAUUUGUAAAGACCGAGAUGAAGAAGAUCCAGAGAGUUCUGAGUCCAGAUUACCCAGAAUGCUUAGAGAGUCAGAGUGAGGAUGAAGAGCAGAGGAGGAGCAGAGAGGUCUUUCUGGAGAUCACUCUGCACUUCCUGAGGAGAAUGAAGCAGGAGGAGCUGGCUGACUGUCUGCAGAGCAGAACUGUUGUUCCAGAGUGCAGACGUAAACUGAAGUCUGAUCUGAAGGAGAAGUUCCAGUGUGUGUUUGAGGGGAUCGCUAAAGCAGGAAACCCAACCCUCCUGAACCAGAUCUACACAGAGCUCUACAUCACAGAGGGAGGGACUGGAGAGGUCAAUGAUGAACAUGAGGUCAGACAGAUUGAAGCAGCAUCCAGGACACCACACAGACCAGAGACCACCAUCAGACAAGAAGACAUCUUUAAAGGCUCACCUGGAAGAGAUCGACCAAUCAGAGCAGUGCUGACAAAGGGAGUGGCUGGCAUCGGGAAAACAGUGUUAACACAGAAGUUCACUCUGGACUGGGCUGAAGACAAAGACCACCAGGACAUCCAGUUCACAUUCCCCUUCACUUUCAGAGAGCUGAAUGUGCUGAGAGAGAGAAAGUUCAGCUUGGUGGAACUUGUUCAUCACUUCUUUACUCAGACCAGAGAAGCAGGACUCUGCAGGUUUGAAGAGUUCCAGGUUCUCUUCAUCUUUGAUGGUCUGGAUGAGUGUCGACUUCCUCUGGACUUCACCAACAAUCAGGUCCUGACUGAUGUUACAGAGUCCACCUCAGUGGAUGUGCUGCUGACAAACCUCAUCAGGGGGGACCUGCUCCCCUCUGCUCGCCUCUGGAUCACCACAAGACCUGCAGCAGCCAAUCAGAUCCCUCCAUGGUGUGUUGACAUGGUGACAGAGGUCAGAGGGUUCACUGACCCUCAGAAGGAGGAGUACUUCAGGAAGAGAUCCAGAGACCAGGAGCAGGCCAGCAGAGUCAUCUCCCACAUCAAGACAUCCCGAAGCCUCCACAUCAUGUGCCACAUCCCGGUCUUCUGCUGGAUCACUGCUACAGUUCUGGAGGAUGUGCUGAAGACCAGAGAGGAGGGAGAGCUGCCCAGGACCCUGACUGCGAUGUACAUCUACUUCCUGGUGGUCCAGUCCAAACGGAAGAUCAUCAAGUACGAUGGAGGAGCUGAGACUGAUCCACUCUGGAGUCCAGAGAGCAGGAAGAUGAUCGAGUCUCUGGGAAAACUGGCUUUUGAUCAGCUGCAGAAAGGAAACCUGAUCUUCUAUGAGUCCGACCUGACAGAGUGUGGCAUCAAGAUCAAGGAAGCCUCAGUGUACUCAGGAGUGUUCACACAGAUCUUCAGAGAGGAGAGAGGACUGUACCAGGACCAGGUGUUCUGCUUCAUCCACCUGAGCGUUCAGGAGUUUCUGGCUGCUCUUCAUGUCCAUCUGACCUUCACCAAGUCUGGACUCAGCCUGAUGAAAAAAAAACAAAGAUCAUUCUGGGGGUCUAAAACAUUCAGAGGCAAACCUGAACCAAAGAGUCUCUACCAGAGUGCUGUGGACCAGGCCUUACAGAGUCCAAACGGACACCUGGACUUGUACCUGCGCUUCCUCCUGGGUCUUUCACUGCAGACCAAUCAGACUCUCCUGAGAGGUCUGCUGACACAGACAGGAAGUAGCUCACAGACCAAUCAGGAAACAGUCCAGUACAUCAAGAAGAAGAUCAGUGAGGAUCUGUCUGCAGAGAGAAGCAUCAACCUGUUCCACUGUCUGAAUGAACUGAAUGAUCGUUCUCUAGAGGAGCAGAUCCAACAGUCCCUGAGAUCAGGACGUCUCUCCACAGAGAAACUGUCUCCUGCUCAGUGGUCAGCUCUGGUCUUCAUCUUACUGUCCUCAGAGAAAGAUCUGGACGUGUUUGACCUGAAGGAAUACUCUGCUUCAGAGGAGGCUCUGCUGAGGCUGCUGCCAGUGAUCAAAGCCUCCAACAAAGCUGUGCUGAGUGGAUGUAACCUGUCAGAGAGAAGCUGUGAAGCUCUGUCCUCAGUCCUCAGCUCCCAGUCCUCCAGUCUGAGAGACCUGGACCUGAGAUACAACGACCUGCAGGAUUCAGGAGUGGAGAAACUGUCUGCUGGACUGAAGAGUCCUCACUGUAAACUGGAAACCCUCAGGCUCACUGAAUGUAACCUGUCAGAGAGAAGCUGUGCAGCUCUGUCCUCAGUCCUCAGCUCCAAGUCCUCCAGUCUGAGAGACCUGGACCUGAGAUACAACGACCUGCAGGAUUCAGGAGUGGAGAAACUGUCUGCUGGACUGAAGAGUCCUCACUGUAAACUGGAAACCCUCAGGUUCACUGGAUGUAACCUGUCAGAGAGAAGCUGUGAAGUUCUGUCCUCAGUCCUCAGCUCCCAGUCCUCCAGUCUGAGAGACCUGGACCUGAGUAACAACGACCUGCAGGAUUCAGGAGUGGAGAAACUGUCUGCUGGACUGAAGAGUCCUCACUGUAAACUGGAAACCCUCAGUCUGUCAGGAUGUCUGAUCACAAAGACAGGCUGUGCUUCUCUGGUCUCUGCUCUGAGCUCCAACCCCUCCCACCUGAGAGAGCUGGACCUGAGCUACAACCAUCCAGGAGACUCAGGAGUGAAGCUGCUGGAGGAUCCGCUCUGCAGACUGGAUACACUGAGGGUGGACCAUGGUGGAGAGCAGAGGUUAAAACCUGGAGUGAAGAAGUAUGUCUGUGAACUCACUCUGGACUCAAACACAGUACACAGAGAGCUCAGACUGUCUGAAGACAACAGAGAGGUGACACGUGUGAGAGAGGAUCAGCCAUACCCUGAUCAUCCAGACAGAUUUGACUACUGGCAGCAGCUGCUGUGUAGAGAUGGUCUGACUGGUCGCUGUUACUGGGAGGUCGAGUGGAGAGGAGGGGUUGAUAUAUCAGUGAGUUACAGAGGAAUCAAAAGGAAAGGAGACAGCUAUGACUGUGUGUUUGGAUCUAAUGAUCAGUCCUGGAGUCUGAUCUGCUCUGAUAAAGGUUACUCCGUCUGUCACAAUAAGAUAAGAACAGUCCUCCCUCUCUCCUCGUCCUCUGACUCUCACAGAGUAGCAGUGUAUGUGGACUGUCCUGCUGGCACUCUGUCCUUCUACAGAGUCUCCUCUGACUCUCUGAUCCACCUCCACACCUUCAGCACCUCCUUCACUGAACCUCUGUAUCCUGGGUUUUGGUUGUCUUCAGGUUCCUCAGUGUGUGUGUGUUCUGUGUAGCAGGGAGACUCUCCUCUCUACACAAACACUACACACACAAACAGCUGCUGAAGAACAGUGUACCCUCUGCACUAACACACACACACUUCAGCUGAUCAUGUGACUGUUUCUGUCACAUCAGCAUGAAUGUCUGUUAUCAAAGAGCAGGACUCAGUGGAAAACUGGCUCACUGAACUUUACUUAUUUACAUCUCUAUUGUGAAAAAAUCUGUCCUUGUUCAAACUUUGUUUCUUCAAUGUAGUGAUAAGAAAGUUUGUCAGAAAGUCUGAGUCAGAUUGAUGAAACUGUUCUUCACCUGCAGAGUUCAAUUUAACUUUGAAAGAAUAUAAAACCUAUAAAAAUAACUCUGUGCAUAGUUUACAUACAGCUAAGAAAAUGUGUUCUUCAAAGAAAUGUAAAGAAUCAACAAAUAAUCUCAAAUCUACUUGAAUAUUAUAAACUGCUGAAUAAAGACAGAAAACAUCAUUGA